AUGUCUCCUGCUGCUGCUGCUGCUGCUGCUGCUGCUGCUGGCUCCGCAGAAGCCUCUCCCGCUGCGGCUGCUGCUGUUGCGGCAGCAGCUCCAGGGGCGCAGUCUUCCUCGUCCUCCCCGCCCGCUGCUGCUGCCGCUCCCGCCGCUGCUGCUAACACUGCUGCUGCUGCUGCUGCUGCUGCUGCGGAGCCGCUGCCGCGCAGCGCGCGCCCCGUUUACCUGCACAUUGUGUCUUACAAGGAGCUGUCUUACAAGCCUCUGGAAGACCCGGUUGCUGCUGUUGCUGCGAGCCCGCGGAGCGACAGUUUGCUGCUGCUGCAGCAGGCGCUGCGGGAAGCAGCGCUGGAUGCUGCUGCUGCUGCUGAGCCCGUCUUCGUGUCCUUUUCUGCUGCUGCUCCUCUCGAAGGCCAAUAUGAAGGAGAUGCUUUGAUAGCCAAGCUGCAGGAGCUGCUGCUGUACGUACACCUCGAGCUCUCCAACAGCAUCGUCUCUGUGGAAAUCUGCAGACACAAUCCGCCCCCAGAAGGCUACUCCUUCGAGCAGCAGCAGGGCAGCAGCAGCAGCAGCAGCAGCAGCAGCACCAAGAGGACCAUUCAGAUCCUUUACAACGGUCAGCCGCUGGAGGAGCUGAUAGAAUACGAAAUCCCGGAAAAAGAAGUGGAAGUUUACACUGCAGCAAAACUCGACUGGCAGUUCCAAAUGGCUUGCGACGGCACAUUCGACCCCGUCAACUGA